AUACCUCUCUGAUACAUCCGCCUAUUCCUUUAUUCUUGCCCUAAUUUGCUCUAGUUAAUUUGUUACUCUUCAACUGUUAAUCAAUUUCAAGGUUCCAAAUAAGGUAUAUUUCAAUCUUUCCUUAUAUGGAAUUUUACUUCAUCCUCAUUCAAUCUGAUUUCUCCUAAAAUUUGUAUAUUUUGAUUUCUUCUGAAAAUCUUUGAAAAAUCUUCUAAAUUUUUAUCAUUUGUUUUCUUCUGUAAAUCUUUCUGUUUUUGUUUCUCAUACCUUCAAUGGAAUCCGUUCAUGGUCUCAAACAGUCCACUAAAAAUCAACGAAUUCUUGUUUCUCCUGGUUCUGAUUCGUCUUGGGAAGGUUACGACGAAGUUAGAUCCAAACAUCGUAACGAUCCAACAGUGAUGAAUAAGCUACGUGAGAAAUUGAAGUCGAAAGCUACAGUUAAACAUGCACCCAAAGAAAUAGACAACAAGAUUGAAGGGGUUACAACACGCCCUAAUCUCCCAAAGGGAAUGAAAUACGUCAUCAAGAAGAUCCCGUCCCACCCAUUGAGAUUCGGAACGGCAUAUAGGGCUAAUUUUCUUGAUGAUUUUGAAUCAUCAAUAGGUGGAGAUAUUGUUGUCAGAAGGCCAUGGAUGGUUAUGUUAGCGAUAACGACGAUCCAAAAAAAAACUAGGAGAGACAUCUCUCCAAACCAAGGAGAACUGAUUGAUAUCCAGUAGUUUUUUUUUUAUAGUAAACAUUUUAGGUGAUUCUGAUUCUUUUAAUGUAUCUGAUACAUAAACUGUAAUGUAUCAGAUUUAAUAUGUUUUAAUAUUUCCAUACAUCAGAUUUACUAUGUUUUUCUCUGGUGUCAAAAUCGAAUAUAAAAUCAAAGUUUAUGUUUUA